ACCACAUCCAUCCCAUCCCAUCUCAUCCUGCUCUUCAAGGUCAUUCUCCUUCUCUCCAUGGAAUCCUUCGCAACAAUCACCACCAUGAAAGCUUCUUCUCGUUCUUCUUUUCCAUCUUCUCCUCUUUUCUCCUCCCAAAACUCAAACUCUGAUCCCAACAAUCCCAAGUCACUCCCUUUCAGGCUCCAGGCGACUCAAAAGCCCUUCUUCAAAUCAAUCAAAUGCAUCCAAUCCCCAUCUCCCGAAUCCAUCCCCUCCAAACCCACUUCUUUUUCUUGCACUGCCGUUACUUUCUCCCCCUCAGACAUCGCUGACUUUCCUUCACGCACCCUUACCGGUCUCAUCUCCGAGUUUAAGUCCCUUCCCCAACCCCUCGACCGCGUUAAACGCCUCCUUCACUAUGCCUCCCUCCUCCCUCCCCUGCCUGAAUCCUCCCGUACUGACUCCAAUCGCGUUAUGGGUUGCACCGCCCGAGUCUGGCUCGACGUCCAAAGGGAUGAUGAUGGAAAGGUGAGAUUUUGGGCUGAUAGUGAUUCGGAGAUCACAAAAGGCUUUUGUGCUUGUUUGGUUUCCGUGCUGGACGGUGUAGCGCCGGAUCAGGUGCUGGGAUUGAAGACCGACGACUUGGCGGCUUUGAACGUUGGUUUGCCGGGAGGGCAAAGGUCGCGUGCGAAUACGUGGCAUAAUGUCUUGGUAAGCAUGCAGAAGAGGACUAGGGCGUUGGUGGCGGAGCAGGAGGGGAAGGCGCCAUUCGAUCCUUUUCCAUCAUUGAUAGUGACAGCGGAGGGAAUUGAAGCUAAAGGAAGCUAUGCGGCGGCUCAGGCAAAAUAUUUGUUCCCAGAUGAGUCCAGAGUUAACGAACUAGUCAAUGUGCUAAAGGAGAAGAAAAUCGGUGUGGUGGCUCACUUUUACAUGGACCCUGAAGUGCAAGGUGUCUUAACUGCUGCCCAGAAGCAUUGGCCUCAUAUUCAUAUAUCUGAUUCGUUGGUCAUGGCAGAUACAGCUGUUAAGAUGGCAAAAGCUGGAUGUAAAUUUAUUACAGUUCUAGGUGUAGAUUUUAUGUCAGAAAAUGUGCGCGCAAUCCUUGAUCAAGCUGGCUUUGGGGAGGUUGGUGUGUACAGAAUGUCUAAUGAACGCAUUGGUUGUUCUUUGGCAGAUGCAGCUGCAACUCCUUCUUACAUGAAGUAUCUUGAUGCAGCCUUUAGCUCCCCUCCAUCAUUGCAUGUUAUUUACAUCAAUACCUCGCUGGAGACAAAAGCCUAUUCUCAUGAGCUUGUACCUACCAUCACAUGCACUUCUUCUAAUGUUGUGCAAACCAUUUUGCAGGCUUUUGCACAAAUUCCAGACUUGAACCUAUGGUAUGGGCCCGAUUCCUAUAUGGGUGCAAACAUAGCAGAGUUGUUCCAGCAGAUGACUUUGAUGUCUGAUGAAGAAAUCUCUGAGAUACACCCAUCACAUAAUAGGGAAUCAAUUAAAUCACUGCUACCUCGUCUACACUAUUAUCAGGAUGGAACUUGUAUUGUACAUCACCUUUUUGGACAUGAAGUUGUUGAAAAGAUAAAUGAAAUGUAUUGCGAUGCAUUUCUAACAGCACAUUUUGAGGUCCCUGGUGAAAUGUUUUCUCUGGCAAUGGAAGCAAAGCGAAGAGGAAUGGGUGUUGUUGGCUCCACUCAGAACAUUCUAGAUUUCAUAAAAAACAGGGUUCAAGAGGCAGUAGAUAGAAAUUUUGAUGAACAUCUCCGAUUUGUGUUGGGUACAGAAUCAGGAAUGGUGACCUCAAUUGUUGCUGCAAUCCGCCAUUUGUUACAGUCUACAAAAUCUUCUUCUGGCAAAAAAAUAAACAUUGAAAUUGUGUUUCCAGUCUCCUCAGACUCAUUGACAAAAACAUCUACAAGCUCCUCCUCAGCCUUUAAAUCAGUUAAAAUGGGUGACAUUAUACUCCCUGUUAUACCUGGAGUUGCUGGUGGGGAGGGAUGUUCUAUUCACGGUGGCUGUGCAUCCUGUCCAUACAUGAAGAUGAAUUCUCUUAGUUCUCUCUUGAAAGUCUGUCACAACCUGCCUGACAAGAAAGAUGUACUAAGGGCAUAUGAAGCAGAGCGAUUCAAGUCGCAAACCUCCCAAGGAAAAUCAAUAGCAGAAGUUGGGUGUGAGCCUAUAUUGCAUAUGAGACACUUCCAGGGUAAGAAAGAGCUCCCAGAGAAGCUUGUCCAUCAGGUCCUUCAUUCUCAGGGCAAGGGAAGAUAAAUGACAUAAAAGUUGAGCAAACCGGCAGACUUCCACCGUCCCACAAAUGCUAGUUGGUCUUUAUUGGAGGCAUUUUUCUGGAAUCCAAUUUCACAGCGGUAUUUUCUAAUACUACUUCAGUUAUUCGCAGCUUGUUCUAGCUUCACAUCCUUCCACUUUAUAUUUUAAAGGAUAGGUCAGUGUUUUACAGAAAAGGCAACGAAAUUUUAAGUUAUGAUUAUAUUUACUGAAGCUGUGUAUAUACCAUUGAGUCCCCAAACCCGCUAUCCCACUUUGUUGUACCCGGAUCUGAGCUCUAAGUUUGUUGCUUGAGCAUCAGGGUUUCUUGCCAAGAGAUUAGCAUAAUCCAAAUGGUGGCUUAGGGAUGCGACACUCUCGAGUUGAAUUUGUGGAGGGAAUCUGAGUCUAGUGUUUUUUUAACCUUAAUAUGAUUGGAUUCAGAGAAGGAGGAGGUUGUUUUAAUCAAUCAAAAUUAUAAUAUUUUAAAAACAUUAAAUUUAAUUUGUUAAUUAUUUUAUUUUAUUUUUCACAAACUAAAAUUACUGUAAAUUGUUAUUGGCACAACUUUUUGGAGUUGUUACAAUUAUAACCGCUAAACAAAUUACUGUUAUUUAAUAAACAAAUUAUUUUUCUUAAAAUAUAAAACUCAAUAAGUCUAGAAAUUAAAAAAGAAAAUGUAGAAAUGGAAGACUCCGCCCAAAUGGUUGCUUCGAACGCAUCUGUCGCCAUCUUCUUCUCGUGUUGGGAAGCGGGUCCGAGCGUCGUCCUGUUGCGGCAACUUUUCAUCGGUUGAAAUUUAACUAAUUAGCUUAAGCGUUUGAGUAAAACAGUUUGUGCUUAAUGUUAUGUUUAAGGCUUCCUCACAAAUAUGAUUUGCAAACAGCUUAUUGAACUCCGUUUUGGGGAAUUCAACCGCGAAGGAAAUCUGAAGGGAAUAGUCGAAUAUAUGGUUUCAGUUUCU